GCAUAACCGUUUUAACAAUCCAACCUCCAAAUUUUAAAACCGCGGGAAAAUGUAUUCCAGUUGUAUCCUUCCCGGUUCGUUGUGUUCUGUUCGUUUUAGAUAGUAUUAAGUAAAUAGCUUCUUCUAUAAAGAUGUCCCAAAUAGAACCAAACUCACGUCCCUUUACUGUUCUCGUUGAGGGAAAUAUCGGUAGUGGCAAAACAACGUUUUUAAAUCAUUUUAAUAAAUUCGAGGAUGUUUGUGUGUUGGCUGAACCUAUCGAUAUGUGGCGAAAUUGCAAGGGACAUAAUCUUUUGGGCCUGCUUUACGAAGAUAUAAAGAAGUGGAGCUUUACGUUUCAGUCCUAUGUUCAACUCACAAUGCUGCAACAGCAUUUGAGAAAAACCGCCUGUCCAGUUAAGCUGAUGGAGAGGUCAAUUUAUAGUGCUCGCAUUUGUUUUGUGGAGAAAAUGAAACAAGAUAAUUUAAUUUCCCAUGCUGCAGCUGCUGUUAUAGAUAAGCAUUUCCAGUGGAUCAAAGAAAAUACAGAUCUAAAAGUUGACUUAAUUGUUUACCUCAGAACUGAUCCACAAACGGUUUAUGACCGUAUGAUUAAGAGGAAUAGAGAGGAAGAGAAGACUGUGUCUUUGGACUACCUUCAAGCUUUACACCAAAUACAUGAAGACUGGCUAUACCACAAAACCAUUUUUGAACUACCAGCAGAAGUUCUUGUGUUAAAUGCCAAUUUGGACAAAUCAGUUAUUAAUGAGGAAUAUUCAAAAUUUGAACCACUUAUACUGAACAAGAAGUUAUCUGUUCAAGCCUGAAUGGUAUUAUGUGUGUUAAAUUUUAUAUUACUAAUUUGAGAUAUUUCCCUGUAGAAACAAUUAUAUUUAUUACACACAACCUUUAUUUUUAAAAUGGACAAUCACUGCCUUUGUAGUUACUGUACUUACUACUACAUCAAUGUUUUUAUCAAUUGUAUUAGAAUGCAAACACAAUUUAAAAUUAAAAUAAGGAAUGUAUGAUUGUCUCUUUAUAAAUCAAUCAGAAAACAUAUGUUUUCUUAUACUAUGAACAGAGUAAAAACUUACAACAAAAAUGGUAAUUAUCUAAUAAAAAAAUAAGAAAACAUAUUACUGUUUGAUAUAUAAAUGAAUAGCAAAUUUAUAAUACAGAUUUUAUAUAUUUAUAGACAAAUAUUUUUUUGUAUCUAAUGAAUUCCAAAGAAAAUGCAAUUUUUUAUAGAGAUACUAAAGUAAUAUACAGUAUCUAAAAAUA